AUGGGAAGCCGAAAGCCUCAAAUAGCUAUGUUCCCGUCGUGGGGGAUGGGCCAUUUCUUACCGUUCGUCGAAUUCGCGAAGCGUAUGUCAAUCCACCACGGCUUCGCCGUUUUAAUCAUCACUCCUCCUGCCGUAAAGGCUGAUAUUCGGAGCUUGGCUUCCUCGGUUCCGGACAUUCGUUUUGUGGACCUCUCUGCGCCACACCUGGAUUCGCUUCCCAUGACCGAUCUCCCUACCAAGUUCGCAGCAAUGGAAGAGUACAAAGGUCCCUUGAAGGAUGUUCUCGGAUCUCUCAAAGAUGAGAUCAGUGCCUUCGUCAUCGAUUUCUUCUGCGCUGCCCUAAUCGAAUCCAGCGCCGCCCUUCACAACCCCACCUAUGUUUUAUCGACUGAUUCCGCCUCCAAUCUUUGCCUCAAGUUUUUCUAUGACACUCUCGACUCUCAGACCACGGAAUCCCUCAAAGACAUGGACGGUCCGAUUUACCCAAUAGGACCGCUGAUCCGGUCCCCGGAUGCAGUGCAUGGCAAGAGCGAGUGCCUGAAUUGGCUGGACAGACAACCGGACUCGUCGGUGAUGUAUGUGUCGUUCGGGAGCAUGAACUGGUUUCUAUCGCCGGAUCAGACAAGGGAACUGGCGUUGGGGUUGGAGGCCAGCGGGCACCGAUUUUUGUGGUUGCUCAAAGGUGACAACGACGUCUCCGCGUUGCUUCCGCCCGGAUUUGAAAUGCGAACUCGGGAUCGUGGGAUUGUGUGGACUUCGUGGGCACCGCAGAUACCCAUUCUGUCUCACCCGGCGACAGCGGGGUUCGUGAGCCAUUGUGGGUGGAAUUCUACGCUGGAGAGUGUGACGAAUGGAGUUCCGAUUGUUCCGUGGCCGGUUCGUGCAGAGCAGAAGACAAACGCUUUCUUUCUGGUGAACGAAAUAGGGUUGGGCAUUGAACCAGAGUGGGGGCCCAAUUGGUGGGUGGGUAAAGAUGAGGUGGAGAAAGCGGUGAAGGAAUUGAUGGAAGGAGAGAAAGGGAGGAAAGUGAGUAUGAGGGCGGCAGAAUUGAAGGAGAGCGCGAGGAAGGCAUUGGCGGCGGGAGGAAGUUCCAUGGAUAUUCUCGCAGUUGUUACUGCUCAAUGGAAGAAGAAGGCCUCAUAAUUUACUCGCUUUCUGAACUUGGCAGCACUUGAGCUAAUCGAAGUUUUAUGAAAUUGGAAAUGCUGUUGGACUCAGGUGUGGCUAAGCUAUUGCAGUUGUGUUUGAUUAAUAUAUGAGGUGUGGACUCUUUAUCCAAAGACUGGUUACUUGUUCGGGUUUGUUUAUAAUAUGAGAUGUGGGCUCUAUUAUCUAAAGAUUAGUUGCUUGUUCGUGUUUGUUUAUAAUAUAAGGUGUGGAUUCUAUGCAAAGA